AGUUGUUCGAAGAAAACAUGGCGGCAACCAAGAGAUAUUUUGGGAUUUUCCUUGAGUUAUUUUUCCUUCUUUCUGUUUGCUGUCUCCCUGAACCUGGUAAAAAGGUAUUAAAAUUUAAUAAGGAACAUCCGCAUGGUGGUUUUCCUAAAACAAUGAACAAGGGUUAUACUAUCGCAAUGAAAGGGCAAUGUUCAGGUUAUAAUGGGACAAUCCACAUUAAAUGGCGUUUAGCAGUUUCACAGUGUGCAGAGUGGUUUUCCUCUUUGAAGGAUAAUAGUGAUAAAUCAGAUGUGAACCAAGUCAGUUCUGUUUUCUCUCCAUCUUUGGCCAAUCACUCACUGAAUUGGGAAGGUGAUAUGGAUUGUAAAACUGUAUUACACUUUCCGGACAUAACCAAUAAGGUAAAGGAGCUGAUUACAUCUAGGCCUCCACCUACAGAAAGCAAUAAAGAGGAAAAGAAAACAGAGAAUGAAGAUGAAAAGAAAACCAAUGUGGUAAAUACAAUCGGUAGACAUUAUUUUUUUCACGUAUGUUGUGCACAUUAUUCUCAUGAUCCUAAUAUGAUUCAGCAGUAUUACUGUAAGUAA